GUCACGUGCCAUGCGGCAGGAUGGCUGGCACUGUGGCACUGGCUGGCAUCGGUGUAAGGCGGCUGCUGGCGUGAAAAGUGUGAGAUGAUUUGGAAUGCUAUCUGAAUAUUAAAUAGACAUCGCCAACGCCUCUCUUAUCAUCUUCUGGUUGAAAAGGGAAGAGAGAGAGACAGAGAGAGAAAGAUAAAUAGAAGGGAAAAAUUCUCGUUGGACAAAAAUACAACCGUAGGGGCAUUCCUCCACUUCUCCAAAACCGAGCAAGGCCGUCGCCUUUAAGCUCUGGGUUGGACCUCGACGCAAGCACCUGCGCAAGGCCCAGACCGGAGGAAGAGGGCGUCUAACAUUACACCAGUUGACCUUCUACCGUGAAGCAUAGGUGAAGAAAAAGAAGUCGAAGGAGGAGAAGGAGGAGGAGGGAUUGUGGUGCAUCAUGCAAGCGUCCAGGAGUCCUCCCCAUAUCCUACCAACAUGAUCUGGUAUGCUCGACUACUGUGUCACCACCCGUAUGCGGUGCUGAGCAGUGUUGUCGUUGUCGUUGCCACCUGUCUCGUCUUAUCUCUUACUGCUCGACCUCUUCCUGCUUUCACUGACCCUGCUUUGGGCUUUGAAUCUCGAGGCACUGUGAUCAGCCAGAGGUUUACUGCUUGGGAGAACUUGUUAGAGGCAACUCGUAACAAUGGACCCCUUAGCGUCAACCCGGCAAGUGACCCCAGUUUCAAGACUCGAUUUUCUUACAACCAGAACAACGGCAAUGAUGAUGAUGACGAGGAUGAAGAUCCUCCGGUCCACAGGCACAAGGUUUGCAUCGAGAUGACGCCAGAAGGAGCCGUCGAAGUAUUUGAUAACUGUACCUCCGGACAAACAGCUAACAACACAAAUGAUCAAGAUGAUUUUGAAACUCCAAUUUUCACCCUGAGAGAGAUCAUUGUGGACAGUUCUCGACGCCACGAUGGUGGACGUUCUAAUGGUGAUGAUGAUGAGGAAUGGAUUGACAGCCAUAGUGGUCACUAUCAUGAAAUUGAACUGCACAACCAUGAUCAUCAUGAACACAUUGGGGAAGAUGGCUUCUUCUGUGGUCCUGUUGUGCCUGAAUAUGGUCAUAUGGUAAUCAAGAGCAAAGUGCCGAAAGAUUCUUUAUUAACACUGAAACACCUCAAGGAAAUCUGCCAGUUAGAUGACAUCUUGCGAUCACCUGCAGAAUUUCUUCCAAUCUGUGAAACUUCAACUCCUGGGCAUUGCUGCCCAUCCUGGUCUCUGCCUAAUUAUGUUGCUUUCCUCACCAACAAAUCUUCAUGUCACCAUUUAACAGAAAAAGAUGUUCAAGAUGUCCAGCACCUAUUGCGGAAAUGUGCUCGUCAGCUGAACCUAGAAGUUGAAGGAGGAUGUAACGGUAGAAUAGGAUGCCAGAAGGUUCCUGAGGCUUGUUUACAGCAUAGAGCAGUGUAUACUGUGUUGCACUAUCUUGUUGAUGCUGCUUUUCUAAAUCCAAAGGUAGCUGACCCUGACAAUCCUCAGCCAUACAAGCUCACUGAGCCCCACCACAAACAUCAGCGACAGCAGCUACAGCAGCGGCUCACCCUGACUGCUGUGUUUGUACCUGUGGCUCGUAGUUCCGCUGCACUUCCUUACUAUGAGGCUCUGCGAGAGCUUGAUCUCAGUGUAGGCAAUGUAACUGUAGUUGCAAUGGAUUUGGGUUUGAAGUAUGCUCUGUUUGACAAGCUUUUAUUGGCUGACUCGUUCCUUCUUGGCGUCGGUGGUGGGGUCGUGGUACUCCUAAUGUGGUGUUACACUGGGUCUCUCUUCAUCACCGUGGUCACCAUCACAACAGUUAUUUGUGCAAUGAUCAUUGCCUACUUCAUGUACAUCUUCAUAUAUGAAAUCACUUUCUUUCCAUACAUGAAUGUGUUAACUACUGUCAUUGCUAUAGGCAUCGGAGCUGAUGAUACGUUUGUGUAUUGCCGUGUAUGGACCCUGGCCAAACAAGAUAAAAAUGCAGGAACAAUGGCCAAACUAGUUGGAGACUCACUGCACCAUGCGGCUGCUUCGAUCAUUGUCACAUCUCUCACCACUGCUGCGGCCUUCUUUGCGUCUUGUGUCUCACAUAUCACUGCUAUUCGUUGCUUUAGUAUUUUUGCAGGGACUGUUGUUUUAGCCAACCUGAUGCUGAUGUUGACAUGGGUUCCUGCUUGUGUAGUUGUCGCAGAACGAUGGGGAGCAUCGACUUGCUGUCUGUGUGUUCCACCAGCACCUGUUUAUGCUCCUCAACUUCCACCAAGAUGCUCACUCGUCUGUGCACUUCCUCUGCGACUCUGCUACUUUUGUGCUGAAGCAGGAAGAGACUUUUUUGAGAAAAUUCUACCACUGAUCAUUGUAAAACCCCGUUACUUUUGGAUUUUGCUGUUUGGUGCCCUUGCAAUUUGUAGUUCUCUCGUAGUAUUUUAUUACCCAGGAUUAAAACUUCCAGAUUCACAGGAUUUUCAGUUGUUUUCUAGAGACCACUUCUUUGAACAGUAUGACUUGGAGUACAAAUACAAGUUCUGGUUUGAACGUAACCUUAGAAGUGAUAUUGUGAACCACCUACCUGUGCGAAUUGUGUGGGGAAUAAAGCCAGUCGAUAACGGUGACUACCUAGAUCCAUCUUCAAAGGGAACCAUAGUAUUUGAUGACAGCUUUGAUGUCGCACACCCAGAAUCUCAGGAAUGGCUUUUGAACUUUUGUCGGGGUCUUCGAAAUCAGACCUUUUACAUGUCAACUCUUGGUCCACUGCUUCCAAAUUGCUUCAUUGAAACUUUCAAGACCUACAUGGACAGGAAAUGCAUUGAUCCUAUAAAAGGUGUUAACCGAGCUCCAUGCUGUGAAGAGUCUAUUUUUCCCUACAGUGAGGAAGUCUUUGAGAAAUGUAUCCACAAGGGCAUAAAGGCGCUGUAUCAGACACCAAGGGAGUACUUCAUUCCAGGUGUUGCUGGACCCAAAUUCAGUAGAAGAACGGGGAAGGUUGCAGCUGUAGUUGUCGAAUAUGACAGUAAUAUACUGUGGUCUUUGUCAUAUGAUGAUAUGCACCAGUUUUUUACUGAGGUGGACACUUGGGUGAGAGAGCAACUGAAAGAUGCUCCCGACGGAAUGAAAGGAGGUUGGUUCAUUUCAUACCUGACCUUCUUUGAUGUUCAGAGAUCACUGUCAAUAGGAACAGGAGUAGCAGUUGCUGUGGCUGUGGGUGUGAGUCUGGCAGUAUUGGUGGUAACAACCCUUAACAUUGUUGUGAGUGUGUUAGCUGUAAUAAGUGUAGGUGCUAUCAUAUUGGUAACUUUAGCGGCACUGGUAUUACUUGGGUGGCAUUUGAAUAUUCUGGAGAGUGUUACAGUAAGUGUGGCCAUUGGUUUAGCCGUAGACCUCACUCUUCACUAUGGCGUUGCUUAUCGGUUAUCCCCAGAGGCUGAGCGUGAUGCUGCUGUGUCUUGGGCAGUUGGUCGCCUUGGUAGUCCAGUUUUCAUGGCUGCAGCCACCUCAUUGGCUGCAGGUAUUGCUAUGUUACCAGCAAGAGUGUUAGCAUAUGUGCACAUAGGCACUUUUCUUACAGUAAUUACAGCUGCUUCUUAUGUCUAUAGUACCUUCUUCUACCUCCCUCUUUUACGUGUAUUUGGUCCAGAAUCUGGCUGUGGACAACUGUCUUAUCCUCAGUUGACAUGUAGUCAGUGUUGUUCUCAAGGUUCUCAGCCCCAUGUUGACAAAACUGUGUACCACCAAGCUUUUAUGAGCGAAUCUACUCUCUCAACCUCAAGCACAUCUUGUCCACCUCCUCAGACUCAUCCAUCAUCAGAUACACACGAACUUGAACCACUAACAGCAACAAGAUUGGCUGGACGAGGUGGAUCUCAUAAUCGCACCGUCCACAACCCUACACGUCAUAAAGUUGGGCAAGCUCAACCUCAGCCAUUACCAGAUAUUCCUCAUAACCAUGUUGCAUCCCACAUUGAUGGAGUAGCUCCCCAAGGAGGUGCAGGUCGGGCGGCUCGCUCAGGCUCUCUGUCAUCAUCAGUGAGUGUCCGUGAGCAGGGAGCUUUUGUUCCUCGUAAAGUGUCAUUACCAUCCCCAGGGGGAGCAGUUAGUGAAGGAGGUGAGCCUUCACCUCGGCACAGUGUUGCUCCAGCAUCUUCAGCUACCACAAUAUUGUAUUCAGAACCGGACACAGAUUCUGGACAGCCAUCUCAUCAUCAUCAUGAAGGAAACAUCACCCCGAUAUCUGUAACUCCGGAGAGUGGAACAAUGGUUGUUGCUUAAGGCAAUGAGGAACUAAUGUGACAUUCGGCUGUGAAUAUUUGUGUGUGUAUAUUCUCAUAUAUGAUGUUUGCUAAAGUGAAACCACAGAGUAUUUGUAAUUGUGAUAACAAUAUACUGUAUUGCUCAUUACACCUAUAUUGGAUGUACAGUAUAUAUUUUGUCAUGUGAUGUGCUCCCUGCACUAGUCUUUUUUUUUUAUUUUUUAUUGGUAGCCGAGUUUCUUGUAAAAUGCAAUUAUUGUACAGUAUAUUGCAUCUUGAAAGGAUUCAAAGAUUUUAGAGUGGUAGUUCAAGUUUAAUGUUUGGAGAGCUGUUAAAAUUGUUUUGCAAGCGUGAAGGUUUUAAUGCUUCUGUCGUUGUAGAAUUUUCCCCAAUUUAAGAUGGAGUAAUUCAUAGAAAAUGCAGCUGGGAUACUGAUUUUUAUAGAUAUGGGGAUCUUGUAUUAAGAUUGUGAUAAUUUUUAUCCAUACUCUGAGAGAAAUACUUUUCAUUUUCACCCCAAAGUUAAUGAUCUGCUAAGCAGUACAUAUCAGAAAUAUUCUGCAGUCAUCCAUUGACUAUGGUCUUCCACAUUUAAUAAACAAACUUGUUUGACAGUGUUAGAGGACAUUGGCAAAAUACAAUUUCAUUUGGUUGUUAUGUAUUGCAGUUUUCAUUUCUUAGGGUAAGUUUUGAAAGUUAGUUUUACCCAUGUGGUGGUGCAUUAUGUUUACUUGAAUAGUAUAGCUAAUUAGUACUGCAGGAAAUUUUUUAUUUUUCCAGAUAUGCUCUCUUUAAUUUACUUUAUUGUUGUUUUUAAAUAUGUUGUUUUUAAUAGUUAGUAUCAUUCUGUUUUCAUUUUCUUAAUGAAUUAUUUUGUUAAGGUGUUGAUAGUGAAAACUGUAGAAGUGUCUGUUUGUCAGUGCCAUAGAUUAAUGGUACUAGUACACCAUCCGCAGUGCCAAAAAUAAUCAUUCUUGCAAUAGGUUUCCGUCCUUUUCUUUUACCAAGUUAUUAGAUAAUUUAUUUUUGUGCAUUCUAGCUUUUCAUCAUCAUGAUCAUCUGGUAGCAGAUAAUGUUGAGUUGUACAUUUGAAAGCAAUGUCAAUACAUAGUUUUAACUUUUGUGGCUGAAUUUUCUUCUAGGUUUAUUAAGGAAACAUUUUCCUUUAUUGCUUAAAUGCUCAGCAGUUCACUUUACUACUUUGCUGUUAAUCAGUAGUUUAUAAAUGAAAUAGUAUUGGAUUGGGUUUGUCUGCAGUUGUCUUAAAUGGUUUUUAACAGCACAAGGAGGAUCCUGUGACCUAUGUGGUAAUUUUAGCAAGUGGUGUUUGUGAGUGUUGUUAAAUAUCUAGAACACGUUACAGCCCUCAAUAUUUCACUUUAUUUAUGGUUAAUGCAUUUGUUAUUUUUAGUAAGUCCGUUCAAUUAUGCACACAUGGAUGUCUGUAGGAGAACUGGAGUUGAAAUGUUUAUUUUUCACUUUUACUUAGUUUUUAUUUCUUUUUAACAUGAGUGUGGUUUACCUCAAGUGAAGGAGUACAACAUUUUUUUCAUUUAAUGAAGAAUUGAAGAGAUGCAUUUAUAACAACACAAAGGAGUAUUUAGAAGUUCUCACAAAUCAAGGGCAUAUGUGUAUGUUGCAUAAUACAGUAAUGUUUUGGUGUAUUACUAUUCCUAAGUUAAUGUAGUUUUUUAAGGUUGAACAAAAUGGACAUGAAUGUUAAAACGAAAGCACUCUUGGUUCCUUUCAUUAACUGUGAGUCACCUAAUAAAAAAAAAAGGAGUUGGGUAUGAUAAUUGAAAAAGGUUACAAUUUAAGAAUUAUGUGUAGUAUUUUGAUGUUUGGAUCAAAUCUUUUGUUAAUGCUAUUUAGUUUUGUACAUUUCUAGAGUGUUAUGCACAUGUAAUCAAGGUAUGAAUAUUUGUAAGAAGCUGCCAUGUCUGCAGCUGAUACUAGAUCUUGGCCUGUGGACUGAAAUACACAAUGGAGAUUGGAAGUUAUUGCCAUUUCUUUUCCACUUCAGUUUAAAGACAAAAAUCAAUUUCAUCAGUUUAAAGACAAAAAUCAAUUUCAUGCUGAGGAAGUGCCCUGUAAUUUUUUUGUGGAGUUAAUACUGCUUACACCUCCAAAGAUUUAGGAGUUGCUUAUGUAAGUUCGCAUUUUGUAAGUCAGUGAAAAGUAUACUGGCCUAAAUUUUAAUAGCUCAUGUUCAGUUCAAAUAACCACAGAUGCAAAGUUGACAGGUAUGAAGAGAUUUAUGUCUUUUAUAGAUCAGUUUUACCUGCAGUGUAUUUAAACCUACAGUCAUUUGAGAUUUUUAAUGAUAGAGUUUACUAUGUUACAGCCACUGGUAUGCAGCUAGCAGAUGAUAAAUUCAAAGUCCAAGCUGUAGUUUACGAAGUGUUUGUCUGUGGAUGUGUUGAUUUGAACAUUUUUUUAACAGUUUUGAUUGAAAAAGGCCAAUUACAAAUAGGUGAACUGAUUAGUUUUUAUUGCAUGAGUGUAAUAUAGAACAUUAUUUAUGUACAAUAUAAAAUGUUGUGAACAGGGAAAAGAUUUUAUGCAUGGGUAGGACUGGUAGGAACAUUGUUGAGGUUGAAGUGCCUAGAGAAAUGGUAAUGUAAUUGAUUUAUAGUAUUAGUCAUUGUGCAACUUUUCUAUUUCAACUUGAACAUGCUGGCAGGACCACAACAGCAGAUCUUGAAUAUUAGUUGAAUAGGUUAAAAUGUAGUGUGAAUAUAUUUAUAAUACAGUAAAAAGAAUUAUCAUCAGAGUUCGCAAAGGUCAUUGUUGAGUGAAAAUUCUAACCAUAUGUUGUCAGUGUAAUAAUGUAAAAAAAAUUCUUAAAAGGCAAUUGUAGAGUGAAAGCUCAUUCAUAUUAUUGGAGUUAAAGGAAUUUCAACAUGAAAAUUUGUACUUAAUACAACUACAAUGUGCUUUACAAUCCAGCAAGGAAGUCACUUACUGUCUUUCACUGGAGACUUCUUUCCUUGUUAGAUUACUGUCUUGUACUGGGAAAAAAAUUUCUCUUCAUAAAUUUAAGGCCACAAGUAAUUAGUAAAUUCCUUAAGUACUCAAUAUUGAUAUAUGUAGUUAUGUUUUAUUUUUUAGGUAUAGAUGUGAUUUACAUCACAGUGCAGUGUUCCAAGUUCACUUUUUUAUUUUUUUAUUAAGCAUACCCAUUUGUGUAUGUUAGGGCAUCAGCUUUAUACCCUUUAUAACAAAGCUGAAGAUGUUAAUGGAGAAAUAAAGUGUUCUUUUUUUCUA